UCAGCUUCUAUUGUUUGAAUGGGUCGGCGUGUUUUUGCGGUUUCUCUUCCUUAAAGUUCUCCUCUUGUUUAAAACCUGAACGGACCGACAGCAGAAUCAGAAACGAGCAGCUCUUUGCGGCUAAACUGCGUCUUUUUCUGCGUGUUUUUCCUCCGUGCGGACGUUUUGAGGACGUUAGCUUAGCCUGCUAGCUUCACCGAGCAACGCUUCCGGAUCCACCUGCGGGGAGAAGCUGCUGCUGCUCGGUGGAAAGAGGAAAGAUGUCCAAAGUGCAGAUGCUGAGGGUUUUAGUGAACCAGAGGCUGAUGGCAGCUGCUGAGGAGAUUCUGCUGCUGUUUGAGAGGACGAUGGAGGAGUACGAGAGAGAAGGGCCGAGGAGAGCAGCGUGUCCUGGGAAUGUCGAGAAGUUUGCAGUGAUUCAUGAGGCUCCUCCUGAACAGCAGAAGUGGAGUCCAGAUCUGGAGCAGGAGGACCCAAAGCCGCCACAAAUCAAGGAGGAGCAGGAGAAACUGUGCAGCAGUCAGGAUGAAGAACAGCUUCAUGUGCUGGAGGAGCUCAAUCUCAAGUUCCAGUUCCCUGCUCUCCCUGUGAAGACUGAAGAAGUCGCUGAAGCAGAAGCUCAAAGCCAAACUGAGGAGAUCAGAGAUGGAGAACAUUUAAAAGGAGAAGCAGAUGGAAGAUCAGAAGCAGCCAGGAGCUUCGAUCCAGACAGAAAUCAGAUUUCCUCUGAGACUGAGAGCAGCAGCGACGGCUUGAAGCAGCGCAGGGAACUUCCAUCUGGUUUCAUUCCUCUGAAAAACCCGUUCAGAUGCUCCGAGUGCGGUAAAAGGUUUGGCUGCGAGGACCACCUGCAGGUCCAUGCGAAACGUCACGCUGCAGAAAAGACGUUCCCCUGCCCAUUCUGCGGUAAAAAAUUCACAAAACGGUCAAACAUGACCACGCACCUGAGAAUCCACACGGGGGAGAAGCCGUUCACCUGCUCCAUCUGCAACACGAGCUUCAGUCUGCGCUGCACGCUGGUGAAUCACCAGAGAGUCCACACCGGCGAGAGGCCCUUCAGCUGCUCCGUCUGCAGCAAGAGGUUCUCAAAGAAGACCAACCUGACCACACACAUGGCACUGCACACCCAGGAGAAGCCCUUCAAGUGCAGUGUGUGCGACAGGAGAUUCACGUGGUAUUCACAGGUCCGAAACCACAAGUGUGUUGUUGACUGCAGCCGGUGAAGCUGGAGCUGAACUGAGCAGAGAGACGUGGAGGUCAUGAACUCAGCAGAUGAUCCUGAAGCUGAAGGUUGUUGAACGGUGCAGUGAGGGAACGCUGGCUGCAACUUAAACUGGACUAAAUCAAACUCUGAAUGCUGACUGACUCUGAAAAACUCAACUAGGACUGUUUCAAGGUUUCAUUUCAGUUGAUAUUGGUUGAUGAUUUUGUAUUAUUUUUAUUAAAAAACAGAAAAGUUUCA